CGCUGUGUAGGUGAGAGUCCAGCCUGGGGCCGAAGCGAGGGGCCUAGGCGGGCUGGCACAAGAAGCGGAGUUGAGAAGACGCUUAUACUGCGUGGGGCGCCGCGAAGGCACUCCGCGCCCCGGACCUGCCGCGCCUGCUUGAUUUUCCGCGGCUCUUUAAGGAGUAGCGCUUCGGUAGCCGGGGAGUUGGAGGGGAACCUGAUUUGAAAUCAAUUCUUGAAGAACACAAAGAAGUGUGGUGGUGUGUUCCAGGUGAUUGAACCAGCUGCCCUUUGACCCUGCCAACAACAACGAGCCCCUGCAGUUUGGUAGUGCCAGUGGCCCUCUGGUCACAGAAGGCCUCAUUGAGAAUGGAGGGGAAUCAAGCAAGAAAAGAAAGAGAACAAAUGCUCCUUCAGCUGAUAAUAGUAGAACUCUGAAUGUAGAUUCUACUGCAAUGACGCUACCUAUGUCUGAUCCAACUGCAUGGGCCACAGCAAUGAAUAAUCUUGGAAUGGCACCACUGGGAAUUGCUGGACAACCAAUUUUACCUGAUUUUGAUCCUGCUCUUGGAAUGAUGACUGGAAUUCCGCCAAUAACUCCAAUGAUGCCUGGUUUGGGAAUAGUACCUCCACCAAUUCCUCCUGAUAUGCCAGUAGUAAAAGAAAUCAUACACUGCAAAAGCUGCACGCUCUUCCCUCCCAACCCAAAUCUCCCACCUCCUGCAACCCGAGAAAGACCACCAGGAUGCAAAACAGUAUUUGUGGGUGGCCUGCCUGAAAAUGGGACAGAGCAGAUCAUUGUGGAAGUGUUUGAACAGUGUGGAGAGAUCAUUGCUAUCCGGAAGAGCAAAAAGAACUUCUGUCACAUUCGCUUUGCUGAGGAAUACAUGGUGGACAAAGCCCUUUAUCUAUCUGGUUACCGAAUUCGUCUGGGCUCUAGUACUGACAAAAAGGACACAGGCCGGCUGCAUGUUGAUUUUGCACAGGCUCGAGAUGACCUGUAUGAGUGGGAGUGUAAACAGCGCAUGUUGGCCAGAGAGGAGCGCCACCGGAGACGGAUGGAAGAAGAGAGACUGCGCCCUCCAUCCCCACCCCCAGUGGUCCACUAUUCAGAUCACGAAUGCAGCAUUGUUGCUGAAAAACUAAAAGAUGAUUCCAAAUUCUCAGAAGCUGUGCAGACCUUGCUCACCUGGAUAGAGCGAGGAGAGGUGAACCGCCGCAGUGCCAACAACUUCUACUCCAUGAUCCAGUCAGCCAACAGCCAUGUCCGCCGCCUGGUGAACGAGAAAGCUGCCCAUGAGAAAGAUAUGGAAGAAGCAAAGGAGAAGUUCAAGCAGGCCCUUUCUGGAAUUCUCAUUCAAUUUGAGCAGAUAGUGGCUGUGUACCAUUCCGCCUCCAAACAGAAGGCAUGGGACCACUUCACAAAAGCCCAGCGUAAAAACAUCAGCGUUUGGUGCAAACAAGCUGAGGAAAUUCGCAACAUUCACAAUGAUGAAUUAAUGGGAAUCAGGCGAGAAGAAGAAAUGGAAAUGUCUGAUGAUGAAAUAGAGGAAACAACAGAAACCAAAGAAACUGAGGAAUCAGCCUUAGUAUCACAGGCAGAGGCUCUGAAGGAAGAAAAUGACAGCCUCCGUUGGCAGCUCGAUGCCUAUCGGAAUGAGGUAGAACUGCUCAAGCAAGAACAAGGCAAAGCCCACAGAGAAGAUGAUCCAAACAAGGAGCAACAACUAAAACUCUUGCAACAAGCCCUACAAGGAAUGCAACAGCAUCUCCUCAAAGUCCAAGAGGAAUACAAAAGGAAAGAAGCUGAACUUGAAAAAAUCAAAGAUGACAAGUUACAGGUGGAGAAAAUGUUGGAAAAUCUUAAAGAAAAGGAAAACUGUGCGUCUAGACUGUGUGCAUCAAGCCAGGAAAGCGAUUACCCUCUUGAGAAGACCAUGAAUAGCAGUCCUAUCAAAUCUGAACGGGAAGCACUACUAGUGGGGAUUAUCUCCACAUUCCUUCAUGUUCACCCAUUUGGAGCAAGCAUUGAAUACAUCUGUUCCUACUUGCAUCGUCUUGAUAAUAAGAUCUGCACCAGUGAUGUGGAAUGUCUCAUGAGUAGACUCCAGCAUACCUUCAAGCAGGAAAUGACAGGAGUUGGAGCCAGCCUGGAGAAGAGAUGGAAAUUCUGUGGCUUUGAAGGCUUGAAACUGACCUGAAUUUCUACCUAACAACUUGGGAUCCUGAAAAUAAAUGCGUGUUGGACAAGUAUAGAAAGUGAUUUGUAUUUUCAAUGGUUUUCAAGUAGAUGUUACUUUAAAUUUGUCAAUUCAUUCCUGGAAUAUCUUUUGAGUUAUAAUAAGGAUCCUAGAACAGCACCUCGAGCUACAGGCCCUAAAAAGAAAUUGCCUCAAACCUCAAGUGCUGUAACUUCCUCCCCCUUCUGGCAAUUAGUUGUCUUCUCUUAUUAGUUGUAUUGAAAAAGUCCUGAGGCUAAAGAGUAUUCGGUGUGUUUUCAGUGUCUGUACUACUGUCGUAGACUUUGGUAUUUUUUUAAGCACUGUUAACUGAAAUGUUUUGAUGAUUUGUAUGUAAUUUGUGUUUCCAGACUUUUGUUCACAUUGAUGUUGCUGCUGGUAAAAGGAAUGAAAGGAGCACUAAAUACUCUGUGUAACUGCCAAUUGUCUUUCCAAGCCCCAGUAGACACAUCAGAGUCUUCUAGAAGGUGCCUAACCAGGGUUACCUUUGAAAUGACAAAGCAUGGUUUGUGGCUUUUUGCAAAAUUACUAUGAACCAAAAGUUGACAGAUGUUCCAAAGUUAUUUUCUCUAAUAGAUUAAAGGUCUUAUUUCAGAAUUUUAAAAAAUAAUCCUAGAUGUAUUCACAGAAAGCAAGUAUCCAGUAUGACUAGCAUGUGUUCAUGCUAUUCAGAAUCACUUGUAAAUAGUCUGCUUUUAAAGGAGGGCAUGUUUAGUUUUCUAUGAAUUAAAACACUCUCACACGUGGGCACGUGCACACAUGCAAGCAUUAGCAGAAGGGAUUUAUUUUAAUAUCCUUUCCCCUCUGGCCUUCUUACAGUCUGUUGGUCCCUUUUCUUCUGCUGUCAGUGUGUUGAACUGCAAACUGUGUACUGCUGUAAAUACUAUAUUUACUUCAUGCUGAAUGUUUGUAAAGAGUUGUUAUGAGUAUUAAUAGUAAUGAAAUAAUUAAUAAAUAAUGGGCCAGGGUGUACUAGGCUUCCUGCAAAUGUGUGAGCUCCACAUGGAGUGCUGAUUGCCAGGGACACCUCCAGGUCUGUGGUGCUCAUCAGCAGAUUGCAAUGGUGGAGUGCAGGUGGACCAUUCAGGAAGUUCUGCUUGGCAGAAAAGGAAAGGAAAGGAAGGGGCUUGGGGUUAAUAUUCUGAGACAGAGAUGGUCUUUUAUUUAUUUACUCUUGUAGUGAUGUUGGUGCUUAGACUAGCACAAGCAUGCCCUCCCUUGAGCUCCAUUGAAGGUAAGAGAAUGCACUGAAUAAGAGCCAAUACAGAGUAUUUCACACAAAUCCUUUGUAAAUGAGUUGCCAGUAGUGUUCAAAGUUGUAUUUUUAAAAGAUAAAUAUUCUCUUUUUUUAUACCUUUUCUGUGUUCUGUUUUGAAUGACUUGCUUUCUAAGUGAUCCUUUAGUAGAUCUCAGUUUCUCUCUUUCAGUUGCCACAAUGUUGGAAGAAGAUGCUAAACCGGCUUGACAACUAGAAAUAGCAUUCCCCCAGCAGCCCAUUCAUGCUGAAAGUUGGCUUUCCGCUCAAGCACCCCACGGUGGCCCCGGCAGGCAGCUAGGGUUAUUUUUACGCUAGCUUCUUUACUAGCAUCUCUGUCAUCAAUGCUGUGGAAGGCUUUGAUUCAUCAGCUCAGGGCAUCUAGGAUGCCUAAUUUUAAUGAUAUCAAUGAAAUCGUAGGAAAAUUCCAACUUAUCAGUUUUUUCUUAUUUAAAAAAGUCAGGCAAAAUUAAAUUUUAAGGCAACAGAUGUCACGCCUGAACACCUUGCUGUCCUUCACUUAUAUUGCAAAGUGUGUUUCUAUUACACUUGCCAGUCUAGUCCAGAUGUGCUCCUUUCAGCCUGAUUCAGUAUACUAAUUGUAAUGGUUUAUUUUCUGCAUCAAUUUAGCCAUUUGCUCCAUUGUAUAUGGUGGUGUGAAAGUAUUUUUUUAGAUAUGAUGAACAUUCAAACCAGUAGACUUUGAGUAAAUUAUCAUGUUGGUGGGCCCCAUUUAAUCAGUCAAAGGCCUUAAGAAAAAAGACUAAGAAGUCCCCCUGAGGAAGGAAUUCUACCUCCAGGCUAUUAUCGGACAAAACUACAACAUCAGCUCCUGCCAGAAUUUCUAGCCUGGUAGCCCACAAAUUUCAAACCUGCAAGCUUCCACAUUUGCAUGCGUCAAUUCCUUAAAAUCUUUGUGUGUGUGUGUGUGUGUGUGUGUGUGUGUGUGUGUGUGUCAUGUGUGUGUGUCUGCAUAUAGUAUUCAUCCCAUUGGUUCUGUUUCUCUGGAGAACCCUAAUAUAGUAAUCUAGAGUUGUUAAAAUGUUUAAGAGUAAAGUGUGUUUGCAUUAUAAUACAUAAUCAAAUUGCAGCAUGUAGCAUCACUCAAUCCUUUCCAUUCACCAUAGAGAUCUAUUAAUGAAGUUAUUUUUCCUUAAAAAUUCUCAGUACUAUUUAUUGUUCUGUUGUUCCACCAUAAUUUUGAAAUAUUGCUGUUUUGUUAUUUUUAUGGAAGAGUAGCUGAGUUUUUCCAGAUAAUAAUGAACAGAAGCUUUCUUUUAUUUUAAAAUGUUUGUUUCAUCUCUCUCCCUAGUCCCAUGACACCUCUAGU